ACCGUGCGUCGUCUCAUUCCGCGCGUUAGUCUAGUACGGCGCAAUUUACAGCAAAAUCCCGCUCGCGUCGCGAUAAAGUUAGAUAUACCGCCGCCCGCGUUAUUUCGCAGCUUAUCCGUGUUGAGCGUGUGGCAAAUAUCCAAGCAAUCGCGUCACAAAUCCAGACCUAGUUUUCUGGGCGUUUGAAAUCGGACACCGCUAUAACGUCUCCCCUCGGCGCGGAGGGAUACGCUGUUGGGGCUGACAAUGUGGACGGUGCUAAAAUGUCUCCUCGGAAGAUGAGAUGUUACAUUUGUAGCGCUCAAAAGAAUUAGAAUAGAACUUUGGGCAGAGUUACAUUCGAGCGCGGUUACAUUGUAACAACUCUCGGCGCGGACCGUUCGCGUUUCCCGGGAGCUCGGACGCGUUUUGCACCGUGAAUUAGCGGGACCUGAGGCGCGGAGGGGGGGGGAAAUUUUGUCCCCCAACUUUUCUGUUUUUCCUCCCGGGCUGAAGCGCGUUUCUCUCCCGCUGGAUGCCGCACGCGUGACGCGAGGAAAGGAUCCUAACCCCGUUUGAGCCGAGAGAGAGAACGAGCGAGACGCAGAGCGAGAGAAGCGGAUCAGGAGCGCAGGAUCAGGAUGGCGACGGUGGGGACCGACAUGGAGCUGAACGACCUGUUGGACUUCAGCGUUAUGUUUCCUCAUCCAGUGUCAAACGGGAAGAACCGAGGCCCUCCUAUACCCAGCGGUCAGUUUGGUUUGGAUGAAAGAAGUGGCUCCGGCUCUUGGGCUUCAGGAGAAGCGAACAGUCCAGCGUUUGGCGCUCGGCUGUACGGAGACGGCCCUCACUACCCCGAACACGACGGCAUGUACAACCUAGAGAUCGACGGGAAGUCUGAAAGAGGGUACCCCGUCACUCAGCCGCAGCUCUUGCCCGCUGAUAUUAACGAUGGUCUUUCUCCUCCGGGAAUGAAGGUCCCGUCUCAGUUCUACAGUCCUCACCGCCGGAGGGUCGCCGACUCCAGCAUCGAUCCACUGCCCAAGAAGAUCCGGAAGGUUCCUUCUGGCCUGCCGUCGUCUGUGUCUUCGGUUUAUCCCGGCUCCGCCGGAGAGGACUAUACCCCGGACGGCAACGGAUACCCUGGAUCCAAACCCGGAAACCUUUAUCCAGGCUCUUUCUGGCCGGAUGGACUUCCUGAUUGGGGACAGUCUGGUUAUUCUCCCGUCAUGAAUAACUCUCCUCACAUCGGUCAGCCGGCCCCGUUCCCCUCCAUAAACACACAGAAGCGGCAGCCCUUGCCCCUGUCUCCUCAGAACUACGCUCUGCACGGGAGCGAGGUCCUACCCAGCAGCUUCCACCCGGCCUCGGCGGGAUACGGCGUUCCCAGCCACACGCCGCCCAUCAGCAGCUCCGACAGCAUCAUGGUCAGCAGAGCUGGAAACGCAGGCAGCUCCGGCGCCGAGAUCGGGAAGGCGCUCGCUUCGAUAUAUCCCUCUGACAAUAACAGCAGCUACUCUCCCAGUCCUUCCACUCCCGUGGGAUCUCCUUCCAACGUUGCUGCUUCCGCCUCUCAGUGGCCCAAAGGCUCCUCUCAGCCGGCUCCAUCCCCCGGGUUUGAGCCCGGUCUGCAGGCGCUGACUAAGAUGGAUGACCGUCUGGGUGAAGCGCUGCACGUGUUGAGUCGUCAUGCGGUGGGAGCAGACAUGCACAGCUUACUGAGCGCCGCCGUCUCUGGACACCCAGCCGGAGCCGCGGCCCUGGGCUCCAUCAGUCAGGCCUUCGGGCUCGCCAGCCGUCUCCCGGGCCUGAUGUCCAAUCACAGUGAUGAUGCAGCAGGUUUACCACAGUCCAGUGCUCUGCUGCAGGGACACCACGCCCCUCAUCAGGCCCCGCCCACUUCUCAGUCCGACGCUUUUACCAGUCUUUCUCUGCCUCACUCUUCUCACUCAUCCAGCUCGGAUAUAAAGCGGGAAGAUAAGGAAGAUGAUGAGAACCUGUCCAUUGCAGAUAAAUCAGAGGAUGAGAAGAAAGACGGGAAAAGCCGCACGCGAACGAGUCAAGACGAGGACGGCGAUGACGAGGACUUGCCGAUUGAGGUGAAGGCGGAGCGGGAGAAAGAGCGGCGCGUGGCCAAUAACGCCCGUGAGCGUUUGCGCGUUCGCGACAUCAACGAGGCCUUCAAAGAGCUGGGCCGCAUGUGCCAGCUGCACAUGAACAAUGAGAAACCUCAGACCAAACUGCUCGUCCUUCACCAGGCCGUAAACGUUAUUCUCAACCUGGAGCAGCAAGUGCGAGAGCGUAACCUGAACCCGAAGGCAGCGUGUCUGAAGAGGAGAGAGGAGGAGAAGGUCACAGGAGAUCCUCAGAUGCUGUCCGGUCUGGGAGGAGACGGACACGGACACAUGUAACGCUCAGAUCCUGACAUGAGGAAGCUCUCCGUCGACGUGGCCUUAUCUUCCCGUUCUCGUUCCAGAGUCCACACACACACACACACACACACACACACACACACACUCACACUCGUGAUUUAUAUAUGAUAAACAGAUGUGUUGAAGACUUGCAUACACACAGUAACUUCCCGAGCUGCUCGUUCGGCUCGUGAUCAUGGACCAUCGAUGGAAACCAGCUUCUGCAGGCUCGGACCGGACCGGAUUGGACCGGACCGUCCUGCUGUCUGACGCUGUGACGUCGAUUUACCGUGUGCUGUUAUACAGCACACACACCCAUGAGCCUUUGUAUUCAACGCAAGGUCAAGCUCCGCUGCGGGAACAGAUUCCUUUCUUUUGUAGUUCAUGUAUUCGAGUUUGACUUUCUUUUGUACCGAUUUGUGUUUAUGAUGUAGAAGAGAGAGAUGUUCAGUUUUGAAGCGCAAUGUUUGUGGUUCUGUUUGGGGAUCGCCACUAAUGCGUGAAUCCCACAGAACCGGCCGUAUUUCACCUCAGAAAGCAAGACAUUACAUGAAAUUCAUUUUUAAGGAAAAUUAAGCCUGUUUUAAUGGGACUUUUUUUUUUUAUUAUAACAUUUGCCACAGAUUCUCAUUAUAAUAAUAUAUAUAAAUACAUAUAUAUAUAUAUAUAUAUAUAUAUAUAUAUAUAAUGUACACACAUACUCUAAAGAAAAAAACAUCUGUGUAAAUCAUACAUAAGGAUAUAUAGGAUCCUUUAUGCUUAUUUAAAUACUGAAUUACCGUUUUUAUACUGUAUUACAGUUAAAAUAAGAAUGUAUAAGGAUAUGGAAAAACUCAAAUAAAACUCGUGGAUAAGUAUGCAAUGAUCUUUUAAAACAGGCUUUAUUUUCUUCAGAUAAAUGCAUUUAUUUUAAUUUAAUUUUUAUUUUAUUUUGAGGUGGUGAAAUAUGUAAACGUGUUUUUUUUUUUUUUGUUUGUUUGUUUUAUUUUUAUUUUUAAGGAAAAUUUAGUUUUUUUUUUUUUUUUUUUUUUUUUUUUUAUACAGGACGUUAGGAUUUUUAUGACCAACACAUUCCCCCCAGAAUUUCAUCAUUAACUCUUUAUGCGGAUUGAAAUGCAAAUCGUUGUAUUUACAGUAAUUUUACUGUAUUUAAAAAAAAAAAAAAAAAAAAAAAAAAAAAAAAAUUAGGUAAACGCUUA